UCCACUCUCUGCUUUUCACCUCAAAGCUUGUUGGGCGUUAUUAAGGUUUAGUGAGACAGUCCGAGGCGGUGACACAGUUUUGCUACAGAGAUUUCAAAGUUGAAGAGAGAAGUUACCAUUUCUAGGGUUUUAGGGUUAGGGUAUUCUCAAAUUGCAAGAACAUGGGUUUUAACAUUCAACCCUAUGGGAUUCAAUCCAUGCUCAAGGAAGGCCACAAACACCUUUCUGGUCUAGAUGAGGCGGUUCUCAAGAACAUCGACGCCUGCAAACAACUAUCCACUAUAACUCGAACUUCCCUUGGUCCCAAUGGUAUGAAUAAGAUGGUUAUAAAUCAUUUGGACAAGCUUUUUGUCACGAAUGACGCUGCGACAAUUGUGAACGAACUUGAAGUUCAGCAUCCUGCUGCCAAGAUUUUGGUUUUGGCCGGGAAGGCUCAACAAGAGGAGAUUGGGGAUGGAGCUAACUUAACUAUUUCCUUUGCUGGGGAGCUCCUGCAGGGUGCUGAGGAACUUAUCAGGAUGGGUUUGCAUCCGAGCGAGAUAAUCAGUGGAUACACUAAAGCAAUCAACAAGACUGUUCAAAUAUUGGAUGAUCUGGUUGAGGAAGGUUCGGAGACUAUGGAUGUUCGUGAUAAGGAGCAAAUUGUUUCUCGAAUGAAAGCAGCGGUUGCUAGCAAGCAGUUUGGUCUAGAAAAUACCAUAUGCUCACUUGUUGCUGAUGCAUGCAUCCAAGUAUGUCCGAAAAACCCAGCAAACUUUAAUGUGGACAACAUUCGCGUCGCAAAGCUCUUGGGAGGGGGCUUGCAUAACAGCACAGUAGUUCGAGGAAUGGUGUUGAAGAGUGAUGCUGUUGGGACUGUAAAGCAAGCAGAGAAGGCAAAGGUUGCUGUGUUUGCCGGUGGUGUUGAUACAUCAGCAACUGAGACUAAANAAUUUCUAGGGUUUUAG